UUUGUGGUACAGCAGAAACUAAUACAUUGUAAAACAAUUAUACUCCAAUAAAGAUUAAAAAAUAAUAAAUAAAUAAAAUGUUUCUUGUAACUGAAAAAAACAUCAUGUAGUGAGACAAAUAAGUUGAAAUAAAAGCCAUGUAAGCUUUAUUGCCUCAAAUAUGUGGAGGCUGAUUAUUGCCUUGUUUGAUCAGACUUCUAAACUGUGAACACUUCGAGGAUGUACAGGGGCUGUGUCUUCUAUUAACACAUUGAAUUAAACAAUGGAAUACCUACUACAGUCCAGAUAUUGUGCUGGGGAUAUUGUGGUGAACAGUGGAUAUGUUCCCUGCCCUCAUGGAGCAUAUAGAAUAGAAGGAAAAGAAAAGUGAUAAAGUAAGUAGUUACAAAAAACUCAAUGAGUAGAAUGAUUGGGGAAGUACAAAGGAGAGAGGUCUGGUCUAGUGAACCCCUCAGGACAUAAUAUGUGAGAUUAAAAAACUCUUAGUACCUUGACAUAGAGGGUGCUUGUACAUACUUGUUUAAUUGGUAAACAAAAAAGAUCCUGUAAGUUGAUUCUUGGGCUGACUCAGAGGUUCAUAUACAGUCUUUGGUUAAGAGUACAGUACACGAAGAGAUCCAAACUGAACUGCAUUUCUAGGUUCAUGUGUGAACAAAUCUACACCCCUCAAUGAACCAGGGACUCUAUAGACUAAAGAUAACCUGGGGCCAAACUGAACUUUCCAGGUAGCUCUUGAAAUACUGAGCUUGAGCUGACUAUGCAUCUCCAGAACUGGAGUAGAUUCAGAUCUGCUGGGGAGGAAAAGUAGAGGAGAAUGUGAUUUAUCCAACACUUAAUUUUUUUCCCCUUUAGCAGGAAGUCAUUAUGCGACUAACACAUUUUCAUCAGAUUUCCUCUGAUUUACCGUGAAGUGUAUGUGAGAAUGAUGUGCACUGCCAAGAAAUGUGGAAUUAGGUUCCAGCCUCCGGCUGUUAUCUUAAUCUAUGAGAAUGAAAUGAAGGGGAAAAGUCGCCAGCGCAUCAUGCCUGUCCGAAACUUUUCAAAGUAUUCAGAUUGCAGCAGAGCUGCUGAACAAUUAAAGAAUAAUCCACGACACAAGGGUUACCUGGAACAGGUAUCCCUGAAGCAACUGGAGAAGUUAUUCAGUUUUUUACGAGGUUACUUGUGGGGGCAGAGUUUGGCAGAAACAAUGGAACAAAUUCAGCGGGAAACAACCAUUGAUCCUGAGGAAGACCUGAACAAACUAGAUGACAAGGAACUUGCCAAAAGGAAGAGCAUCAUGGAUGAACUUUUUGAGAAAAAUCAGAAGAAGAAGGAUGAUCCAAAUUUUGUUUAUGACAUUGAAGUGGAGUUCCCACAGGAUGAACAACUACAGUCCUGUGGCUGGGACACAGAGUCAGCUGACGAGUCCUGAUAACCAAAAACUAAAAAAAAAAAUUAUUGGGUAGCAGAAAAUCCAUGUUUAUACAAGACCAUAGAUUGGUUGUAGAAAAAUCUGUAAAGAACACUAUGCAUAUUGGGUCA